UCAUUCGGAAUGGGACAACAGCCGAAAGCGAGGCGAGAGAGAGAGUACUUACAAACAAUGGCUUCACUGGCCAUCAGAUUGUGAAGCGGAGAGAAGGAGGGGUUUCAUAGGAAACCUGAUGUCCAGGUAGGGGAGAGUCUUUUCACUCUUUGUUUCUCCUGUUACACCUGUGCCUAUUAGCUGCCCUAAAUAACACCGUGCCGAAGUUCAGCGUCCAUUCUGUAACAACACUUAAAGGAGAAAGGGCAUUGUGAGAUUGGUCUGUCAGCCGUGCGCAUUUCAGCUCACACCCAAUACACCCUGAAGACAAGAGGCAUCUCCCGCUGAAGACUGUGAGGAGGACACACACAAAGAUGACCACUAAAAAGGCCCAGGUGCGACGGGUCGUGUCGAAGGAUGGACACAACAACGUGAAGAUUGAGAAUGUCGAGGGCAUGGUGAAGCUGUAUCUCCAUGACAUCUGGACCACGGUGGUGGACAUGAAGUGGCGCUACAAGCUAACUCUUUUUGCCUCGACAUUUGUGAUGACCUGGUUCAUCUUCGGCGUUCUCUUCUAUCUCAUCGGCAUGGCCAACGGAGACUUUGACAGUGACCUGCCUUCGAACCACACUCUCUGUGUGAUCAAUGUGGAGACUCUCACCGGGGCGUACCUGUUUUCCCUGGAGUCUCAGACCACCAUAGGCUACGGCUUCCGUUACAUUUCAGAGGAGUGCCCACUUGCCAUCUUCACUUUGGUGGCCCAGCUGGUGAUCACUGGCCUGGCGGAGAUCUUUGUCACAGGGGCACUGUUGGCUAAGCUGGCGCGCCCCAAGAAGAGAGCAGAGACUAUAAAGUUCAGCCAGUCAGCUGUGGUCUGCAAACACGAGGGGAAGCUGUGUCUGAUGGUCAGGGUAGCGAACAUGAGGAAAAGCCUGCUGAUCCAAUGUAAUCUGACAGGCAAGCUUCUUUUCCCCUACGUAACACAGGAAGGGGAGAAAACCCAAAUCCAGCAGGCCAGUGUGGACUUCCAGCUGGACUCCAGCGGGGAGUGUCCCUUCCUCAGCCUUCCUCUGACAUUUUACCAUGUCCUGGAUGUGAGCAGUCCGUUGGCAGGUCUCACUGCAGAGAACCUGCAGACCAGAGACUUUGAGUUACUGGUGACACUCAAUGCAACCAUGGAGUCAACAGCUGCCACUUGCCAGAGUCGCACGUCCUAUGUGGCCCAGGAGAUCCUGUGGGGUUACGAAUUUAAGCCAGUGCUCUUUACCACUCCAAGGGGGCGCUAUGUGGCUGACUUCAACUUCUUUGACAAAAUGCAACUGUGCAAUGACUCCACCCUGCUCAGCAAUCACACUGAGAAGCUUCAGCUUGAAGAGGUGUAUCGUAAAGAGUAAAUAACAUUUUAGUCAAAUUCGUAUCAAAACUAGUUUGAAGACUUCUUAGAACAGGGUGUGAGCUUUGGAUAAUGUGUAAGGGGAAAAUAAACCUUAGUCUUAGGGUCAAAUGUAAAUGUUGAGGGGACAUGGCUUCAGUUGUUUUAUAAAUAAAUCAAAUGUAAAUGUUUGACAGUUGUUUUACUUCAUAAAUGAUCUACAUUUAUGCAUGCAGAAUGGUAUUAGAAGUACUGCUUUUAUUUACCUGAACUAUGAACCUAUAAAAAGUGUUUUUUGAACAA